GCGAUUGUCAACGCGGCCGACACAAAGUGCCUGUACGGCAAGGGUGUCGACGGCGCAGUCAACAAAGCGGGCGGGCCGGCGCUGAUCGAGGCGCGCAAGCAGCUGCCGGUCCGCGCGGGGACGCGCGACGUCCGCUGCCCGGUCGGCGAUGCCGUUGUCACGGUCGGCGGCAAUCUCCGCUGCCGGCACGUGAUUCACGCCGUCGGGCCAAACUUCAAUCCCAAGGCGCAGUGGGUGCAGAAGGUGGCGCCGGACGGCGAGGAGAAGCUGCACUCCGCCUACCUGAGCGCGAUGCACCGCGCCAAGGAGCACGGAGUCCGGACCCUCGCCUUCUCGCUCCUCUCCGCGGGCUUCUUC